AAGACCAUGAAGUUAAACAACUGGCAUUUUUCCCUAAGAAGUUGGAUAUGUAGGCACUGGAAAUUUCUAACAGCAUUUCAAACAAAAAAGAAACUUCCGGAAAGCUGAUCGCAUUAAUUAAUUGAAUAAGGAUCAAUUGCGUCGUAAAGUGCAUUAGCUGACGAAAUUUCAUGCCAUACCCAGAAAAAUCGAUUGUUCAAAAGAUUGAUUAUGAGCAUCAAAAUACAGUGGAACUUCCAUAACUCGAAGAUCUCCACAACUCGAACUUUUGAAUUGGCAAUAGCGUUUAGAAAUCAAUUAGUUUAAUCAAUUAAUUAAUUUCGUACAAAUUUGCUUCCAUAACUCAAAUUUCCUUAACUCGAAGUCUCUACAAGUCGAACUCUUGAAUGGGCAAUACAAGCAAAUUUCAUACAAACUUCCUUCUAUAAAUUGAACUUUGCGACCACGGCAUAAUACAAAAUUUAAAAUUGUACUAUCGAGGCAGAAUUUUAAAAGAGCCUCUCGUAAGGAAGUGAACAAAAAAUAUGAUAUUACACUUAUGGAUUGCAUAAAUCAUGUAACAACGGCAUGGGAUACAGACGUAAAAAUUGUAAGUUUUAAUGAAAAUUCUAUAACUCGAAGUCUCUCUAACUCGAAGUUGUUUUUGUGGAUUAUGGUGAUUCGAGUUAGGGAAGUUCCACUGUAUUUAAUUCGAAGGGAAGGAGACGAUGUUGUUUUGCUCGAUUUUUAUUUAUCAUGAGCAUUUUAUCGAGUGCCUAAAAGUUCGAAGCUACAUUUCAUAUAUGGAAAUCAUUGUUAGGUAAAGUUACCCAAAAAUAUAGUGACUAUCGGUACUUUUACUUUUUGAGAGCAGUUCCUCAAGUUGCCUUUUGACAUACAAAAAAAAGAAAGCAAUAAAUCGUGACUAAGAGAAAGUGAAAGACAAUACAUUCAAUACGAUGACAUUAUUUUUAUAUAAAACACAUUGGGAAUCAAUUAGACAAACGGUGUUAAUGGGCUCAUGCUCUUUCCGUAAAUAUUAGCUAACUCUCCGAGCUUCUUGCCAGCUCGUUUAUAUAAAUAAAAAGUGUACACAACUGACACACACUCAGUUUCAGUGAUUUGGUUAGGCAAGUUAAGUAAUCUAUUUACAACCUAUGAACGUGUACUUACGUCAAACUGCGGUAACUGAUAGCCAGUGAAGAACAGAAUGUGAACGAGCGUCUAGUUGCCGCUCAACAUUGGGUUACGAAAGAGCUCUCACAAGUCGUAAUUAUUGCAGUCACUAACAUAGAAUAAAAUAAUGCCCGACAAUAGCAGCAAAUUCAAUUCCAGUAUACAGUUGGACAUUCCGAAAUGGAUAAAUGCUAAAUAUUUCGAAAAGGUAUUGCACAAGGAAGAUUCAAAUUUCCACAAAAUAUUGAAACUGACCCCUAUCCCAGCUACACCACCGGGUGAGAAUUACACAUCGCUCAUGAUGCGUAUUUUAAUGGAUAUAGAACUAAAAGAUGGUUACACACAACAGAAGUCGUAUAUUGUCAAAACCAUGCUGGAUGAUGACAAGGGCGGAACACUUAUCAAUUCUCUGAAUCUCUUUCCGAAAGAAAAACUUAUGUAUGAACAAAUUCUCCCUCAACUGGAACAAUUUUACCAUGUUCUCGGCAAGAAAGUUAAAUUCGCCCCCAACUGUCAAUGGAUCGAGCAAAAGUCAAAUCGAAUUACUAUCGUCCUCGAAGAUUUAAAUACGAAGAAAUUUCGAAACAUUAAUAGACUCAAGGGAUUCGAUAUGCCACAUAUGAAGCGUGUGCUGGAAAAGCUAGCUGAGUUCCAUGCAGCUAGUGUUAUGUGGUAUGAGAAGUACGGUACCUAUCCAGACGAGUUCCACAAAAGCUAUCUACCAGCCAAUUAUCAAAAGUCAAAAUCUUAUCAAGCGCGUGUGCAAAGCUACAAAGCAGCGAUGGCGACAUGGGGUUUAGAAGAUUAUGACAAAUAUAUGGAAUGUAUUCCGAAUGCUGAACAAUUUGUUAACGCAGCUAUGAGCUGCUUCAACUCAGAUCCCGCCGAAUUUAAGGUACUGAAUCAUGGAGACUUUUGGUCGAGCAACAUCAUGCUAAAUUACACCUCAAGUGGUGAAGUGAAUCAGAUACGAUUCGUAGACUUUCAACUAUGCAAAUGGGGCAGUCCAGCACAGGAUCUGUGGGAGCUAAUAGUAUGCUCCGUUGUGAGUAACUUGCGUAUAAGUGAGUUUGACCACUUCAUACGAAUUUAUCACACACAUCUGCUCAAGUGCUUAAGAGUACUUAAUUAUACAAAAACACCGCCAAAGCUGAGCGACCUACAUAUUAGCAUGUUGAAGUAUGGAUUUUGGGGGUAUAGUACCACAUUCACACAACUGGUACUGAUACUUCUGCCUUCAGAUAAGGACGCCAGUCUACUAAAGCUCAUACAACCCGGUGACGAAGGUAACAAAUUCCGACACAAGGCUUAUACAAACCCGCUCUACGUGCGUGCUAUGUUGGAUAUUUUACCAUUUUUAUAUAGGCGUGGUAUUUUGAAUUUUUAAUAGAAUAAAAAAGAUAAAAUAAAAAAUUACACAAAAUCAAAA